AUGUUUGUGGACGAUCCCCGUGACGCGGGCACCGCAACCGCGCUAACAUCCGGUACCAGCGAUUCACCAACAAUAACAACAGCCCCAACGGCUCAAGACAUGAUCUCCUCACCAUCCAAAACCCCUGGCGCCUCUGCAUCGCAAUCUCACAUGUCGGUCGCUUCGGCUCCCAAAUUACCACAGAGUCGCUUCAACUUUGAGUAUCAGUUGCCCCUUCGCAGACGAACCCUAGCAUCGCACAGCUCCGUUAUCGACACGCCCUCUAGCCUAAACCCGACGCCGACCCCCCAGCGCACUUUCCUGUACGACAGACCGCGGCGCUCAAUCCAGGGCUUCAAUCUGUCCCACGGUCGCACUCCUAAGGAAUCAUCUUCUCUACCCCCGUCGCCUCGGUUCGCUGUAGACGAUAGCGAUUCUGCGCUGGCCCCUGAUCCUGAUUCGACCAUCAAAGCACUGAGUCCCAAUGCGACAAAGCGCCGGAAAGAUUCCUUUUAUGCCCAGCAAACGCUUCCAAGCGUAAAGAGGAGAAUGCCAUCGUAUACAGCAACUUACACCGAAGGAAACGAUCGCAGCCGUACCGUGAACGGUGUGAACAAAUACGCGACAGAGGAUGGCAAUCGGACUCCAGUCGCGGACGACGCUCGAUCCGACAUCUUCCUCAAUAUCGCUAGGUCGGACUCAAGCCGUCGUGAAUCCCUUGGACGGUCAGAACUUAGACGGUCGCGAAUGAGGAUGUCCGGUAGUGGUCUUCGCUCUUCAACUUCCCGCGCCAACGAGCAAACGUCUUCCCCCGAUCAACUUCGGUUGAAUACCUACGACAGCCCCUUGCAUUCCAAUAACGGAUCUCCAUCCCAACCACGCAGUUCUUUAGCGUACUCCUACUCGGCUUCUGCUCAUCCACUAGACGAUCAUUCUCGUUCGCUUCAUUCCGGCUUCAUUUCCAGCUCCAAGUCCACUAUUGGUGUACCGAGAAGUAGACUAAGCCAGAUCAGCCCAGAUGAUUCGCCCGAGAAAACGUCCAUCGAGAGGCGAGGCUCAUUACCGGAUCCUAGAACGUAUCGUCAUUCAACGCUUUCGACGAUCCGAAGCAGUCGGCAGCCGUCCAGUUCCGAGGUCACAGAACGUGCCCGAGCCGAGCCUGAUCGAUCCCGACAAGAUGGAACCGAGUCGACGCUGUCCACCACUGCACCUUCUACUGUCUGGGAUGAGCUUGAGGAUCUUAAGUCCCGGAUUCGCAAACUAGAACUAACCGGGAAGCUGCCCCCGUCUUCGCAGGAGGCUAUCUCAUCCGCUUCUGCCGAACGGCCACGAACUGCGACAACUACGGUGACAACCGUUUCAUCUUCCCCAAAGCGCGGCCGCAAAACCAGCACCUCAUCUCCUGGCUCCGAUUCUAUUCCUCCCACAAACCCAGUCCAUCCCCUUUUACAAUCUGCUUUGUCCAAAGCACAAACUGUUUUGAAUAAAGAAGUAUUCACAGCCUUGGAAGCUACCGCGACAGAUGCGAUAUCAUUGUCUACCACUUUGAGUACCAAUAAAGCGCCGUCUGGAAACGUCUCCGUCGUGAAUGGGUAUGGCCCGUCCGACAGACUGUCGAGACGGAAGGCGGAUAGUGUUUGUCGCGGGUUGACCGAGCUUUGUCUUGCAUUGUCGGAUGAACAACUCCGGAGACAGCAGGCCUCAAGCAAACCUGACGAAGACACGGUAGCGCAGCAGCCUAUUGGCGCUGACGAUGAAACUUUGACUCCAACUACACCAUAUCGACGCAGUACUGCCCAGGAACCCGAUGUGCUAAGCCGUCGGCAGAGUACUCGUGCUGCAAGCCGUCGGUCCAGUUUUGCAAAUCCGAGCGGCAAUACCUCCGGCGAAAAUAAUAAAGAGGUUAACUGGAGUAAUGAUACAAUAUCCGAUGCCAAACAAGCGCAAUCUCCUGGUUCUUCACUUCCCACGAGUCGACUAAGCCGACUCGCGUCUUUACGGGCUCAAAGACUGCAAACCGAGGAUGAACCUACCGAGCACCGAAGCCCUCAUGGCCGAUCAAUAUCAAGAAGCAUGACGGAUAUCAGUAACCAGAGUUCCGCAUAUCGUGCCCCUCCGCGCCAGCGAUUUUCCCAGGGAUUUCCUGCUUCUCAAGCACCAGAGCCUCAGCAAGACCCGACUCCCAGAUACUCAGCACAAUCUCAACAGUCCCAGUUACCGCAACCCCGUACGCCAACUGCUUCGCAGUCCGGCAUUCCACUCCGCAGAACCUUGAUGACUCCAGCCACGUCUCGCUCAAACAUCCAAGCCGGAUCUCGUCGGUAUGGGUUGCCUUCCGGGAUCUCUACCCCCAGUAAAGCCAACGACGAUGCGCCCAUUUCUCCUCGACAGGAUCCAUCUCAAACAAGGAUCAUCGCCCCAUCAAACAAACUAGCAGCCAGCUAUACCCCCAUAUCGCGCCCGAGAACGAACAGUUUUGGAACCACACGGAGGUUUGGCGUCCGGCAACGACCCAUGGCCAUCUCUGACGGUGCUGUAAAUUCCUUCGACGACAACAUUGAUUGA